AUGCCGCUUCCAUUCGCUUUGGUUUGCGACCUGCUUGAAAAGUCCCACGAAUUAUCGGUUGCCAAGAAGAGCAAUUCGAGUGCCGUAGCAAAAUGGUUUGCACGACACCGAAACUGGAUCAACGCACACGAUACAAGUGUUGCGGCUUUGUUGUCUACCCUGCUCCCUGACAAGAGAACAGACAGAGUUUACUGCAUACAAACUGCUACCCUCGAAAAGAUUAUCGGCCGCGCGUUCUUCCUUGGGUCCUCUCGUAUUGCUGAACUGUCCCACUACCGUCAGCCGGGUCAAGGCAUUGACCUGGCUGAUUGCGUCUCGCGUAUUCUGAAUGCAACGCCAAGUCCGGGUUACAGCAAGGACAACCUUGUCACAGUCGAGGAGAUCGACGAAAUCCUCCAUUCUCUAGCAGCCAGGGUGAAAUGGAGCUCUCCGUCGAUCCGCACCUCACAGGCUAGCCUCACCCAAGGCAAUAGGGGCGAUCUCGAAUGGCUGUAUCGCCGACUGAGCUCAGUAGAAGCCAAGUGGUUUACCAGGCUGGUACUCAAAAACUACCAACCACUGGUCCUAGAUCCCCAUCUCAUUUAUCGACUAUGUGACCCGAUUCUUCCUUGCGUUUUGAAGAUUCAAGAUGACUUUUCCACGGCAAUCAAUUCCGUUCAGGCCAUUCGAGGACGAUUGUUGCCAAAUGCCGCCCGCAAGACUCCGCGGGAACAAAUUCUGAGCUCUGUGAAGCCUCAACUAGGUAUCAAAGUUGGACGACAGCCCUGGGUGAAAGGGCGCAGUAUCAAGCACUGUCUUAACAUGGGCCAUGGACGAAUGAGCGUGGAGGACAAGAUUGAUGGGGAAUUCUGUCAAAUUCACAUCGAUCUGAGCAAGGGGGAGAAUUGCAUCCAGAUCUUCUCCAAGAGUGGCAAAGACAGCACUGAGGAUAGAGAGGCGCUUCAUGGGACUAUAUUAGAAUCACUUCAGAUCGGGAGACCUGGUGCAAAGGUCACCAAAGCAUGCAUUUUGGAAGGGGAGUUGGUUGCAUACGAUGAUUCGCUACAGAAAAUACUACCAUUUCAUAAAAUUCGGAAGCAUGUGUCAAGAAGAGGGCGCUUUUUAAACACGGAGCAGGACUCUUUACCUGGACCACAGGAACACUUAAUGAUGGUAUAUUACGAUGUACUGUUGUUGGAGGACCAAUCACUCAUCAACCUCCGACAUUCAGAGAGAUUCAAGAUUCUCUCAGGCCUUAUUGCAUAUCGCAAAGGCUGGUCUGAACUCGUUCAGCAUCAAGUCAUUGACUUUGGCCAUAACCUCGGCGCCUCAAGUCUGCGUAAAGCCUUUGCCCUCACGAUUUUGGCUCGAAAGGAAGGUCUGGUCCUGAAACCAGAUGAACCCUAUUUCGAUUUUGCAGACCAGCGUCGGAAGUUUUCGAGCUGCUGCAUUAAGCUCAAGAAGGAAUACAUCGGUAACUUCGGCGAUGUCGGUGAUUUCGCUGUUGUCGGUGCUCGGUAUGAUCCAGCCAAGGUAAUGACUUAUCGGAUUCCCGGCUUGAAGUGGACUCACUUCUAUCUCGGUUGCCUCGACAAUAGGGAGGCAGUCAAGCAGUGGAACGCAAAGCCCGAGUUUACCAUUGUCAAUGUCGUGGAGUUGAAUGAGACAAUCUUGAGAGAGGUUGUUAGUUACGCCAACCCCCAACCUGUGGCUGCCGAAGAAAACGACCAGCUUACUCUCAAGCUGGCUCCAGGGGUAGAGCAAGGCUCGCCUCUGACGUUUGUCUUCACAAAGCCUUUGGUGUUUGAUUUGAGGUGCUUCAGCUUUGACAAGGUGGGAAACACGGGCUUUUGGAGCCUGCGCUUCCCUUCAGUGACAAAGGUUCACUUUGAUCGGGAUUUUACCGACACGAUCUCCUUUGAGCAAUUACAGGAAAUGGCAAAGGAUGCAACCACAGCUGGUGAGCUAGAGGACAGCCAAGAAAACCUCCAGUGGAUUGCAAAACUGGAGGGGGCCGAUCCGCGUGGCAUCGCUGUUGACGCUGUGAGCCAACUCACAGUAACAACAAUGCCAACGCCAUCGCCGCGAAAGUCGACACAAAACACAACAUCUUCAUGGUCUCCGACUUCUCCACGGGUCACGAAAUUUCCUCCCUUACAAACGGGACCAUCCCGUGUAAGAUCCGGACCACCACUUCGUCUGCCUGGAGUGCCACCUGCUACACCUCCUGCAUCGUCUGCACAAGCUGCAUCAGCUUCAUCGCCAGCAGAAGGACCUGCAAGAAACAAGCGUUUCUCACCCUCUUCCAUGCCUGCACCCCCGCCUAAACGCCAAAAGUCAGUGACAGAGGUCGUGCAAGCAAGCACAUCCUCAAACAACGGCAGCCCCUCGCAACCUCGCAAACCUCUCACAAAUAUAAAUGGCAACUCUCAUGGCGCCAUUUCUUCCUCCUCUUCUGCACAUAAACACAGGCUUGGAAAAGAAGCACCCGAGGUCAUCGAUCUCACGUUGUCCCCAGGGACACCCUCCAUCACAAAAAAGCUUCCUGCCUUGCAGACUGCUCAGUGCUCACCGCCGGUAGAUGGUGUAACAACUGCAACAAUGCCCAAUAAACCCGAGAAGCAAGACAAAGAGCUCACUCUCCCAGUGGCAAAGCUGCCAGAUGAUGCCGACACCGCCAGAGACACAUGUCGCUUUGCUGGCACCAAGUGUCAUAUGGCAGGGACACGGAUUCUAAUAUCACCGGGGCUUUUUGACAACUGCAAAGAAGCCAAGGCCCUGUUCGAUGAUCAUGGGAUCUAUGGCACUGUCAUGAAUGUCGGUGCAUGGCUCGAAUCAGAGAAAGCAUGUGAGAAUCAUCAGACCCCAGUAAAGACUUAUUUGUUGGUCGACAGCGGACGUCACGAUGAGACCAAGGCCCUGCUUAAAAAGAUCGAGGAGAUACGAGGGGCCAUUUCCGAUCGCACCCGCAUAUGGAUCGACGUCCAUGACUGGCGCAUGCUGAAAUAUGUUACGAUCAAGGAAGAUGACAAUGUCACGCCAAAGUAUUAUGACGGGUGGCAUGAUCCGUGGAGGCGGUGGUACAUCGGGAUUGUUUGA